UCCCCGUCCCCCAAUUAAUAAACCUAGGCCCUGUAGCCUAGAUAACACAAUAACCCCCUCAUUGGCUGGCUAUCUUCACAAUAGUCCAACAUAUUGGAGCGUGUGCAAGCCAUGGCACGAGCCGUGUUUCUCGUAUGGGUCUUGUCGGUAAUUUUGGCCACAACCAACCUUGCACAAGGUUUAGGUGUCAACUGGGGUGCAAUGGCGUCGCACCAGUUGCCUCCUAAAAAUGUUGUUCAGAUGCUCAAAGAUAAUGGGAUCAAGAAAGUGAAGCUUUUCGAUGCGGAACCUUCGACCUUGAACGCAUUGGCCGGGUCAGGUAUUCAGGUCAUGGUUGGAAUCCCCAAUGAGAAAUUGGAAAAGCUUGCUGAUAGUUACUCAGAGGCACAACAAUGGGUGAAAGAGAACGUUACCAAAUGGCUUGGCAGCGUUAGUAUCAGUUAUGUGGCUGUUGGUAAUGAGCCAUACUUGACGAGUUACAACGGUACCUACGUUAAGACUACUUACCCUGCAUUGAAAAACAUUCAAAAGGCCAUACGUGAAUCAGGAGCUGGGGACAAAAUCAAAGCCACAGUGCCCUUCAAUGCUGAUGUUUACGAAUCGUCAUCAAGCAAACCAUCAGACGGGCGUUUUCGAAAGGAUAUUAAGAACAAUAUGGUCGAGAUACUUCGCCACCUUCGCGACAAUAAGUCCCCUUUUGUCGUAAACAUCUACCCCUUCCUCAGUCUCUACCAGAGCUCCGAUUUCCCCAAAGAAUUUGCUUUCUUUGAAGGUGGUAGCAAGCCAGUGAGCGACAACAACAUUGAGUACAAAAACGUGUUUGAUGCAAAUUGUGAUACGCUGAUUAAUGCACUGAAGAAAGAAGGUUUUGGUAACAUGGAAAUCAUAAUUGGGGAAGCCGGAUGGCCUACCGAUGGUGACAAGAAUGCCAAUAUAAAAAAUGCCAAGAAAUUUUAUGAUGGCCUUCUCAAGAAACUUGGCAAGGAGGAGGGCACCCCUCUUAGGAAGGAAAAACUAGAAGUCUACUUGUUUGGCCUUUUCGACGAAAACCAAAAAAGUAUUGCUCCUGGAGACUUCGAACGUCACUGGGGUAUUUUCCGAUAUGAUGGGCAGCCAAAGUUCCCUAUGGACCUCAGCGGAAAAGGAAACGGAAAUCAAAUGCUGAAAGCCGUAAAAGGAGUUGAAUACUUGGAGAAGCAGUGGUGCGUGUUGAACAGCGACGUUAAGAACAUGAGCCAAACCGAUGCGGAACUCAACUACGCAUGCGCUGGGGCUGAUUGCACAAGCUUGGGGACUGGAAGGUCUUGCGAUUUGGAUCAACAUGGCAAAGUCUCUUAUGCUUUCAACUCCUACUUCCAAAACAGAGACCAAGAUGUUCGAACAUGUAACUUUAAUGGGAUGGCAACCAUCACGAAAAACAAUCCCUCAGUAGGAGAUUGCCUCUUUCCAGUUCAGAUUGUCAACACCGGAGCGCCGAGGCAUGGUGCAGUUGGUGUGGCUUAUGCAUUCAGCAUCUUUGUAGGACUGUUGUGGAUGAUGAUAUGAGCUUCUUCACAUUAAUAUUGAUGUAAGCUAGUUAGACAUACAUGCAAUGACUAAUACAUACAUAUAAAGGAAUUAAUUAGCCAGCCAAUAUAAUACAAUUAAGAUAUGAAAAUUAUUUCUGCAAUACAACAUUAAUAUUU